AUGAAUUGUUGCACUUCAUAUUAUGAUAGAAAACGUAAAAAUCGCCUGGAUGGAAAGACUGUAGCGAUAACAGGAGCUACAGAUGGAAUCGGAUUGGCUACGGCGCUAGAAUGUGCUCAUCGAGGCGCUCAUUUGAUUCUUCUAUCUAGAAAUCAGGAGAAAAUGGAAAGAGCAAAGAAAAUGAUCGAACAAGAAGUGAACGACAGUGAAAUCGACUUGGUCAAACUUGACCUCUCCGAUGUUGAUUCUGUCAAGAACGCAGCAAAAAAUCUUAUCAAAGGGGGCUUCAGAAUCAACAUUCUAGUGCUCAACGCGGGCCUAGCGCAUUACAAACCAGAAUUGCUUUAUGGAAUCAACUCAGGGUCGGACUUGAAAAUUCAGUUCUCUUCCUUGAUUUUAUCGAAGAUAUUCAAAGUUAUCAACCAUUUCUCGCAUUUCCUACUCCUUCAUCUUCUUUUGGACCAUCUUGUUGGCUCAGAAUCUGAACCAGCUAGAGUUGUCGCCCUUUCCAGCGAGGCCCAUACACUUGCGAACGGCUCCGGAAAGUUCUGGCAAAAAUACGCAUCCGAAGAAAUCGCGACUAAAGAACUCGGAACCGGAAGCGACAUUUCUGGUGCUUACGCAGAAUCAAAACUCGCCAACAUCCUCCACAUGAAAUCAAUGGCCGAGCAUCACCCCCACAUCAAUUUUGUCUCCGUCCAUCCAGGCGUCGUUAAUACAAGUUUUGCUGACAAAUGGAAGUCUGGAAUUGAAAAUAAGUGCUAUUUAUGUUUUGUAAGAACUCUUUCGUUUUCCUGGAAACCCUGCAUCAAAACUCCUUAUCAAGGCUGCCAAACGAGCAUUUACUGUAUCUGCUCAAAAGACAUUGUUCAAGGUCAAUACUACUCUGACAACAAGCCGAAAAGGAUACGAAUCCGCGGCUCGAAAGACUUGAAUCUGAUCAAGAAUCAACUUUAUGAGCUUUCAAUGGACUUUGUUCAGAGCUGUAUGAAUAAAUAG